AUGUCUUUCCAAAAUUUCGAUACUUUUCCGAACCAGCAUGGCGCUGCCGAUGGUUCUGCAAAUGCUGCUGGCGCCGCUCCACCCGCUGACCAGACCAUGACGGGUCAGGCAGAACCUAACGCUGCUGGCUUUCAAGGCCCUACUCCCGAGGGUGCCGCUGCUCCUGGUGCUCAGCAAGGAGGCGAAGGCAAGACAACUCUUUGGAUGGGUGAACUUGAACCUUGGAUUGAUGAGAACUUUAUCCGUAAUAUUUGGUACCAGAUGGGCGAACAGGUGAAUGUCAAAAUGAUUCGCGACAAAUUUUCUGGUAGUAACGCUGGAUAUUGCUUCGUUGACUUUGCUACUCCUGCUGCUGCCGCUAAGGCUUUGUCCGUUAAUGGAACUCCAAUUCCCAACACUAACCGCCCAUUCAAGCUUAACUGGGCUACUGGUGGUGGAUUGUCUGAUAGAAACCGUGAGGACCGCACCCCCGAAUUCUCCAUCUUCGUCGGCGAUCUCGGACCGGAAGUCAAUGAAUACGUCUUAGUUUCGCUUUUCCAGAGUCGCUUCCCAUCCUGCAAGUCUGCUAAAAUCAUGACUGACCCGAUCAGCGGAAUGUCUCGUGGAUACGGCUUUGUCAGAUUCUCCGACGAGACUGACCAGCAGCGCGCUCUUACCGAAAUGCAGGGUGUGUACUGUGGCAACCGCCCCAUGCGCAUCUCAACCGCAACCCCCAAGAACAAGGGUCCAGCUGGCGCUCCGGGUCAAAUGGGUAUGCCUGGUGCUCCUCCUGCCGGAAUGUAUCCCCCAAUGGGAGGCCCACCGAUGGGUUACUAUGGCGCUCCGCAGCCGAUGAACCAGUUCACCGAUCCUAACAACACCACUGUCUUUGUUGGAGGUUUGUCUGGUUACGUCACCGAGGAUGAACUGCGAUCCUUCUUCCAAGGAUUCGGCGAAAUCACCUAUGUGAAGAUUCCUCCAGGCAAGGGCUGCGGUUUUGUUCAGUUUGUUCAGCGACACGCCGCAGAGAUGGCUAUCAACCAGAUGCAGGGCUACCCAAUUGGUAACUCCCGUGUCAGACUCAGCUGGGGUCGAUCUCAGAACAACUCAGGCCCCGCUGGCACCCCCUACCGCCCUGCCCCGCCACCGCCAAUUUAUCCAUCGAUGGGUAUGCCGCCAUCCCACCAGUACGGUGGUGGAUUUGCGCCAAUGAAGGUAUGA